AUGGCCGGUCCGUCGAACCCGUUCUCUGCGAUCAAACGCGGAGAUGCGGCCGCGGCCUCGAGAGGACGUGGGAGCGGGCGCGGACGCGGUGGAUCUUCCCCCCCGCAAGCACCUCUUAAAGAUACAAAUGGAAGCGCUUCCCGUGGCGAUGCCAAGUUUCGUGGUCGAGCGCGAGGGGACAGGGGUGCUCGUGGCAACGGCAGAGGAGGCCCUGGAGGAAUCGUCCGAUCUGUUAAAACGGAACCCCAACAAAGCAAGACACAGAAUUCCUUCGGAGACAAGUCGAAAACCCACAAGAAAACAUCCCACCCCGGUCAAGGAAGAGGAAAGUCCGGCACGCCCGACGGCAACAUGGUAGACUCGAGCAGGGAUCCUCGCAGGCGACAUCAGUUUAAGCAGGCGAACGAGAAAGGCGCAACCGAUGUAGCCAUGCGGGAUCCAGGGAGCUACACUGACCGUUACGAACAGCUCAAAGCCGACCGGGCCCAAGAAAGGAAAAAUGCGAUCGAAAGUGGGCAGAUGGCAGACCCUUCCCAACCAACUUCUUUGACACAAGCGAUCACACCCGUUGGGACAUGCACGAGUAUGUGUCCGGAGUUCGAACGAGUUGAACGCAUCGUUCAAAAAAUGGUUGACAAAAGCGAAAAGUUUAUGGACCCGAAAACCAACGAACUGCAGUACAUGGAAACAAUGAUGCUCAAACGUUUUAGGAGAUCCGCUGCAGGAUACGACGAGCAGCUUCCGUCCGACAUCCGGACCCCACAUACACUGCUACAGAGCAUGAACUACCUGACACGGCAUGUUGUUGGUGGCCCGGAGCCUCUUGGACUGAUCCAUAAGUUCGUUUGGGAUCGAACUCGAUCCAUCCGAAACGACUUCUCAGUACAGCAACUCACACAAGCAAACGAUGUCAAGAUCGCAGUCACUUGUCUCGAGAGGAUUGCUCGUUUCCACAUCUUAUCACUCCAUCUGCUUUCCAGUCCCGCCAAUGAAGAACCUUUCGACCAUCAUCAAGAACGUGAACAGCUCAACAACACCAUGUUGUCUCUCAUGUACUACUAUGACGACAACAGAGAGCGGAUGUUCUUCCCAAACGAGGAUGAGUUCCGAGCCUACUAUAUCAUCUUCUCUAUCCUUGACCAGCGACCCGACUUAGAGGCCCGUGUUCAGAGGUGGCCAAUCGAGCUACGGCAGUCGCCUCGAGUCCAAGUCGCAUUGGAGCUUCACGCAGCUGCCAGCAAUACUUGGGAGCCCCAGGGGACCUUGGACGCCAAAAGGCCCAAUGCGAUAGCCCAGGGCUUCUAUACCCGUUUCUUCAACCUUAUCAGCUCCCCUGCAGUAUCUUACCUGAUGGGCUGCGUCGCCGAAAUCUAUUUCAAUCAUGUUCGCCAAACCGCCAUUCAGUCAAUAUGGAGAGGAUACUGUCGCCAGCCCGCUUCUCAACGGCAUAAGAAUGAGGAAUGGACUGUAAGCGAGCUGACGGACGUUCUGUGCUUUGAUGAAGAAGAACAGACGAUGGAGUUCUGCCAAGAGCAGAGUUUGGAAUUUGCGGAAAAUGAGAAUGGCGAGCUUUAUCUCAACUGGGGAAACGGCCCUGAUGAUUCAGACGCCUUCCAACCAUCUUCAAGCCAUUACUUUUCUGAAACUUACGUCGAGUCGAAACGAAGAGGUCGAACAUUAGUUGCAGUCAUUCUUGGUCUCAACAUCAAGGAGGCCGCGAUUUUGAACAUGAUCGAUACGUCGUUGCUAGAAACACGGGCGCAAGCAUUGGAGUAUGGCGAUUAUCGUAAUGAAGAGUCCUUAUUUGUGAGCGACGAUGAUAACGAUUCGAUUUAUCCACACGAAGCUGCCCUUAGAUCAGGCGCUCGCCUCGAUUCGCCAACGUCUGCCUCCAGCCUCCAGAAAAAUUUCGACGAACUUUUGGAACCGUCUGCAGGUGGCGGGACGAGCACCUUAACCAACCAAGCGAAUAGCUCACAUCCAGCAUCACCAUUUUCUGCUCCGUUCGCGCAAGGGAACACUCCCCCGACAUUCAACUCCCCAGAAUUUGUUAUCUUCCCUCCGCAGUCCGGCCGCGGGAUUCGUGCAGAACCAUCGCCAGUAUUCGGAGGACAUGCGGACAUCCAAUCCUCAAGUGAACCUUCUGCCUCUCGUCCAUUAGACAACACCGGCAAGACACCUGUAUCAUCUCCGGCAGCACCUCUUUUUGAAAACAAACUUCUGCAACAGGUCAAUACAGUUGAACCUGAUCUGUCAUCCCACAAUCUCACCCUCUCUGCUUCGGAAUCGAACAAUAGCUCUGGGUUGACUGCAGGCCAGUCUUCCAGUUUUUUAAUUGGAGCCAAACCAUCGUCAAUCUCCUGGGGUUCCAAUACCCCUUUCACUUUUCCCAGUCAGACCAGCGACGCUGGUGAUACCGGGAGCAACCAGCCGCUGCAAAGCACCCCUUCGGAACCCUCACAAAACAAUUUCUUCAAGCCACCGGCAAUCCCAGACGGAUCCAAACCCACAUUCACUUUUCCCAGCCAGACGAGCGACUCUGGUACUGGCAGGGACGACCAGCAGCCUCAAAAUGUGCCCCCGAGACCCUCCCAAGUCAACAUCUUUGAGUCAUCGGUCCCCUCCGGAGCCGCUAAACCUACGUUCACUUUCCCCAGCCAGACCAGUGUCUCUGGUGAUACCAGCACUGCUCAACAGUCUCAAGAUGCAUUGUCAAAACGAUCACAAAUCAGUUUCUCUCAACCACCGACACUUUCCGGGGGAGUCAAGCCCACUUUCGCUUUUCCUAGCCAGACGAGCAACGCUAGUAACACCAGCGACGCCCUGCAACCUCAAAAUGUGGCACCAAAACCUUUACAAAUUAAUAUCUCCGAGCCUCCUCCAACCACUUCAAACCCAUUUGCUCCAAAGAAGCCUGAUGAUACCCCGAAGUUUUCAUUCGCUCCGCCAACAACCAAUUUUCCCAAUGCUGCUCUAUCAAAACACGCCGGCCACCCUCAAUCCAAUAUUGGGCCAACAAUUAAUGGAGGAGUUAACGCGUUGCCCGCCGCCCAGCACCAGGCCUCUCCUCGCGCCGAUGAAACAUCUCAAUCGCGACAAACUACAAUAACGGAGAGCUCCUUUGCAUCUGCAACAUCACAGGCAUCUACGAAUGGAGAGUUCCCGAAUGGACAUCAAUCUUACCCACCGGCACCAGCCGCCAGCCAUGAUUCUAGUGCAACCGAAGCAAAUAACCAGGCACCUGUAUGGUUAUCCUCGCUGAGAGAAGCAGCCGAGAAACGGCGAACGUCAUCCGGUCGUAAGAGAGUCUAUAAUGCUGAAGAGGAGACAAUGGACACUGGGACAAAACCUCCUAAAGUGUCAAAGCCUGAGCUGCCGCCCCCACCUAAAAGGUCACUGGCUCAGGCAUCUGUCAAGCCUUUGCCAACGCUCCCCAUUCUGGAACAGAUCGAGAAACUAGUUGCCCGACGACCUUCGGCAGACCUUCAACUUGAGCCCCCGAGGCGCAAUCAAGUUGAUGAAGAUGAAAUGCUGUUGUCUGCCGCACGCAUUGCUGCCGAGUCUCUUCGCGGUGGACCUCGCCUUUCAGAUAGCUUUUCCACGUACUCUGAACCACAACGGUCUUUCAGUCCUCGGAGCAGCCUGAACUCCCCGUUUUCGCUUUCACGGAGUCAGUCUCCUCAGUCAUCAUUCCAAGUCAACGGAUACGAUGUAGCCUUGGCUCCUGAAACGGACCAUGGACUGGGACGUUCGAUGUCUCGCACCGAGCAAAGAAUUCGGGCCACCGGGGGCAGGGGCUUGGCUUACAAACCACUGGAUUUCACCCCGAAGAAGCAGCGAAAGACCGAAUAG